AUUAUUUAAAAAGGAAGAAAUGAGCCCAUCUACGAGCCUCAGAUACCCUAAAGGCCCCGACUAUUUAUUCGGCAACUACCGCUCUUUGUCCUGAUUCUAGGGUUUUCGCGACUUGAACAUCAUCAUGGCGACGCAAAUCAGCAAGAAGAGGAAGUUUGUAGCCGAUGGUGUGUUCUACGCUGAGUUGAACGAGGUGCUAACUAGGGAGCUAGCAGAGGAUGGUUACUCAGGUGUGGAGGUUAGGGUUACUCCAAUGAGGACUGAGAUUAUCAUCAGAGCCACCCGUACUCAAAAUGUUCUCGGUGAGAAGGGAAGGAGAAUCAGAGAGUUGACGUCCCUUGUUCAGAAGAGAUUCAGAUUCCCUCAAGACAGCGUUGAGCUUUACGCUGAGAAGGUUGCCAACAGAGGUCUCUGUGCCAUCGCUCAGGCUGAGUCUCUCCGUUACAAGCUCCUCGGUGGUCUUGCCGUUCGCAGGGCAUGCUAUGGUGUCUUGAGAUUCGUCAUGGAGAGUGGCGCUAAGGGAUGUGAGGUCAUUGUGAGUGGAAAGCUUCGUGCAGCUCGUGCCAAGUCCAUGAAAUUCAAGGACGGUUACAUGGUUUCCUCUGGUCAACCCACCAAAGAGUACAUCGACUCCGCAGUCAGACAUGUUCUGCUCAGACAGGGUGUGCUCGGAAUCAAGGUCAAGGUCAUGCUUGACUGGGACCCUAAGGGAGUAUUGGGACCAAAGACACCAUUGCCUGAUGUUGUCAUCAUCCAUUCUCCCAAGGAAGAUGAUGUUAGCUCUGCUCCCGCUCAGGUUGCUGCUCCGGCUGCACUUCUACCAGAAGCUCCCCUCACAGCCGUAGAUUACCCUGAGAUGAUCCCUGUCGCCUAGAAGAUGACUCGUUGGAAUGCCUCUCUUUUUUGUCAAACCUUAUCAUCGUCUCUUUAAGAUACUUCUUGUUUUUAUGUCUUCGAAGCAGACAAGUUUUUUCUCAUGUUGUUUUGAAACCUAUGUUCAGUUUUUUUGGCAGUUGAAUGCGUUUAGUUCAAUGGAACUUUUCGUCUUGAAUAAUGAAUUGUUGCAGUGUAA